GAGGGGAGGGAGGGAGGGAGGGGCGGGCCGCCCGGCGUCCGCGCCGAGGGGCGGGGCAGUCCCGCGCGCGCGCGUCGCCGAGGGGCAGGGCCCCCUCGCCCCCGCCCCUUCCCACGCGCCGGCCCCGCGCCCCCGCGCGCGCACACUCGCGAGUCCAGGCGACAUGCAAAUGAGUCUCAUGGUCCCAGGCUUUGCUGCUGAUGGUGGUGUUGGUGAUGGUGGUUUAUUGGGUGCUUACCAGAUGCCAACCGACAACCCUGUUAUUUUACAGCGAUGGAAACUGGCUCAGAGAGGCAAAGCCACUUGUUAAUUAACAGCAGAGCUGGAUUCAGAUGCAGGACUAAGGGACCCAUGAUGUCUCUUGGGUCCAUUGCUUCUCACUCCGUGGGCCAUUGGGGCCCAUGAGAUCAAGUCUUGGCCCUGCCACUUAACCACAGAGAGAGCUUGGGCAACUGACUUGACUUUCCUGUGCCUUGGUUUCCCCAUUUGCAAAACGGAGGUGAUUGUACCUUUAUUCAGAGGGUUGGUGUGAGGCUUAGCUACUCACCGUGGUAAUAAGAACUUAUAUCUCCUAAGCACUUCUGUGUCCUGAGCACUUUGUGUGUAUUAUCGUCAUGACAUGUCUGUGUGAGUAGGUGGGAAUAUUCAUCCUAUUUUGCAAAAGGCUUAGCUGAGGCUGAGAGAGAUGAGCACCUUGUGCAAGGCCACCACACAGAGACCCGGCUCCAGUGCCCAGACCCAAGCCCCCCACUGCUCAAUGGACACCCCCAGCCCAGACCCGUGGCCUUCGCCUUUGCCGGGGGAGGAAGAGAAACCUCUGGCCUUACCUCCUCCUGUUCCCCGGGGCCGCCGAGGCCGACGUCCUGGGGGGGCCACUUCCUCGAAUCGGACACUCAAGGCCUCCCUCCCUCGCAAGCGGGGCCGCCCCCCCAAGUCAGGGCAGGAGCCCCCACUGGCGCAGGGGGUGACAGCCCCGGUGGGCGGCGGCGGUGGCAGUGACCUCCUGUUGAUCGAUGAUCAGGGUGUGCCCUACACAGUCUCUGAAGGGUCAGUGGCAAGCGGGUCCGAGGGCUCUGGCCCUAAGAAGGCCCCGCACUUCUGCCCGGUGUGCCUUCGGGCCUUCCCCUACCUCUCCGACCUGGAGCGUCACAGCAUCUCACACUCAGAGCUGAAGCCACACGAGUGCAAGGAUUGCGGCAAGACCUUCAAGCGGUCCAGCCACCUGCGGCGGCACUGCAACAUCCAUGCCGGCCUGCGGCCCUUCCGCUGCCCGCUCUGUCCCCGCCGCUUUCGAGAGGCCGGCGAGCUGGCCCACCACCACCGCGUCCACUCCGGGGAGCGCCCCUACCAGUGCCCCGUCUGCCGACUGCGCUUCACGGAGGCUAACACGCUCCGGCGCCAUGCUAGACGCAAGCACCCCGAGGCCAUGGAGGCACCCCUGUGUCCUCCGAACCCAGGGCCUGAACCACCGUGGGACGACGAGGGUAUCCCGGCCACAGCAGGGGCGGAUGAGGAGGAAAUGGAGGGGAAAGAGCCGGCUUGACUCCCACCCCCGGCCACAGCUCCCCAGGCCAGGUUUAGAGCUGGGCGUUCAGCUGGCGCUGGGCCUGGGCAGGGAGACCGGGACCCCCGCUUGUCUGGUGGUCUUGCCGUUGUGGGAGGGGGUUGAGGGUGAGAACUUCCACUUCUGGGUCCUGCUGCCUUCUGCCCCCCUCCCACGGACUGACAGGCCUGUGGAGGCAGGGGCUGUGGAAAUAAAUCUCUGCCUACUGGC